GUAUCGAAGGAAUCAACAGCCGCCAUCUUGUCGUGGCUCGGAAUUAGGAUUUCUGUUGAGCACUAUUUUUAAUUUAGAAACGGAGCUUUCGAACCAAGGUUUGACAGCAUUUUCCCGUCCGAAAAGAAUUACUCAUAUCAUUUCGGAAUUAUUUUGGGCGAAAAAACGGGGAUUCGAUCGAUGUUCGUCGGCCAGAAAACCUCAGAAUAUCUGAUUUCCCCUUGAGUGCGGCGCUUCACACAGCCCCUAUCGCCGUUCCGAGCACUAUUGUUUACCGUGAGCAAUCGGAGACAAGACAGCGACUUGCAGACACAUUUGCUCAAAUAUAUCAUUUUCUUGCAGUUUUGCAUUUUUAUGGAGCUUUAGGUGAUUUUUGCAUGAAGGAAUUUGACGUCACUAAAAACGGGUUGUUUGAACAUCCAAAAAUAACGACUUGUUGACAGGACUGCAAGAAUCCAUGUGGAUAAUUUUAGUUUGAAUUUUAACGUAAAUUUUCGAUGGAAAAUAUUUUUAUUUUAUUAAUUUAACGAUAAUAAUGUGGGUGUUGGGUGUUGGAUUAUCAUGGGGUGAAUGGCGGUGGCGAAGCGGGGCGCUAUUGCAUCUCUUUUGAAAGACACUUCAAUGCUAGCAAGGAGUUAGCAAGCAAAAUAGCCAGAGUAAAAAAAAAAGUGGAUGCAACGUUAGUCCAAAAAAAUUCCUGCAGUAGGAUUUCUUUCAGUCUUUGUUCACACAAAAUCAGAAACGACUACAAAGUACCACCAUGGCUGAAAACUUGCUAGAUAUUGGACCCCCGAACUCCAAGCGACCAAAGCUGAAUUCACCUGCGCUGUCAGCUUCUGAUGGACCAGACCUGGGUUCCCUCUCCUGGGACGACCUGGAGAACGACCUUCCGGAGGAGCUGAAGAACCUCCCCAACGGCGGCGACCAGGGCCUGACCACCUCCCUCUCCUCCAACGGGGGCUCGGCCCCGCCCACCGGCCCCGGAACCCCGGGAGGCCUGGGCCCCGGGGGGGGCACCGCCUCCCCCAGCCUCAUCCUGGAAGCCGCCGCCAAGCACAAGCAGCUGUCGGAGCUGCUCCGCGCCGGCAGCGCCUCCAGCCUGGCGUCGGCCAGCGUCCAGCCCGGGGGAGUGGGGGGUCAGCUGGGCCUGGCGCUGGGGAAGAGCCCCCUGGGCGUGGGCCAGGGCUCCCCCAACCACCAGUCUCCGCAGGCCCAGAAAGCGAGCACGCCCACGGGGGCACAGAACAACAACAGCACGGGCGCUGCCAUGGGGCUCGGCGCUGGCUUCAACCAGGCCAUGGGGCCCCACUCGGGACUCCUACCCCAGGGAGGGCAGCCCCAGGCCGGGCAGGUGAUGAACGGAGGCCUGGGGGCUGGAAGGGGCCGGGGGCAGUACCAGGGGCAGAUGCAGGGGGCCCCAGGCGGGGGCGGAGGAGUGGGAGGUUCAUUGGCGGAGACGCUGGUCCAGGGGGGACAACAGGCUGGUGGCAUGAACAAGGCCCAGCUCCAGCAGCAGCCCCAGCAGCAGGUGCCCUCGGUGGGCACGGUCCCAGGCGUACCGGCUGGCGUGGUCCCCGGGGCAUCCCUCUCGUCUGCGCCGGCGGCGGGACCCACGGCCGAUCCUGAGAAGCGCAAGCUGAUCCAGCAGCAGCUGGUGCUGCUCCUCCACGCCCACAAGUGCCAGCGGCGGGAGCAGGCCAACGGGGAGGUGCGGGCCUGCGCCCUGCCCCACUGCCGCACCAUGAAGAACGUCCUCAACCACAUGACCCACUGCCAGGCCGGCAAGUCCUGCCAGGUGGCCCACUGUGCCUCUUCCAGACAGAUCAUCUCCCACUGGAAGAACUGCACACGGCACGACUGUCCCGUCUGCCUGCCGCUGAAGAACGCCAGUGACAAGAGGACCCAGCAGCCCCUGCUGAGCCCCCCCAGCUCCUCCCUCCAGACGUCCCUGUCGUCCUCGGCUGCGUCGGGCCAGCCCGGCGUCUCCUCCCUGGGCACGGUGGCCCCCAUCGACCCCAGCUCCAUGCAGAGGGCCUACGCUGCCCUGGGGCUGCCCUACAGCAGCCAGAGCCCCGCCCAGAGCCCCGCCCAGCAGGGCGCCUCGCCGCUCCCACAGCAGAUGAGACCCCUCAGUGCUCUCGGCAACCCGAUGACCCUGGGGGGAGGGGCCUUGGGUGUGGCCUCGUCAGAGCAGAGCAGCCUUCACACAGACUCCGCCCUCUCCAACACGCUCAACGCCAACAAUCAGCUGCUGUCAGAGGGUCCGGGGCUGGGCUCUGUGGGCUCGCUGCCCACCGCCGCCCCCCUCUCAGCCGGCGGCGUCAGGAAGUCCUGGCACGAGCACGUCACUCAGGACCUGCGCAACCACCUCGUCCACAAGCUAGUCCAGGCCAUCUUCCCCACCCCGGACCCUGCAGCUCUGAAGGACAGGAGGAUGGAGAACCUGGUGGCCUACGCCCGGAAGGUGGAGGGAGACAUGUACGAGUCAGCCAACAGCAGGGAUGAGUACUACCACUUCCUGGCAGAGAAGAUCUACAAGAUCCAGAAGGAGCUGGAGGAGAAGAGGAGGUCUCGGCUGCAGAAGCAGAUCAUCAACCAGGCUCCCCUGGCCGCCCAGGCCCAGGCCCAGGCCCAGGCCCAGGCCCAGAACAGCGCCCUGGGGCAAGCCGGCAGGACGCAGAAUGGACCCGUUCCCAUGCCCAACGUGCCAAACCAGAUCCUGAGCCGUAUGCAGGUCUCUCAAGGGAUGACCCAGUACGGCUCCAUGGCGCUGCCCAGCGUCCAGAUGUCCCAGCCCCCGAUGGGAGCCCGCGCCGCCUCGCCCAUGACCCACCCACAGCACCUCAACAUGGGCUCUGUCCCCUCGAUGGGCCUGUCCCCGUCCAGGAUGCCCCAGGCCCCGGGCCUGCUGGGGUCCAGCAUGGUGGGCCAGACAGCCGGCCAGGGCCAGGGGGGCCAGUUCCCCCCGGGGACCACCUCAGUCACCCCCACAGUGGGGCCCGGACAGUCCCCAGCCCAGGCAGCUGUCACACAGUCCUCCAGUCGCAGCUCCACCCCCACCCUCCCCUGCCCCGCCCCGGCCCCGGGGGGCACCCCGCCCCGCCCCGCCCAGCCCCCUCCGGAGACGCUCCUGCCCCCCACCACGCCGCUGUCCCAGUCGGGGGCCAGUCUAGAUAACCGUGUUCCCACCCCGGCCUCCGCUGCCAGCGCCGACCACCUGCACUCCCAGCAUGCCCUGCCCGACCUGCCGGGCCAGGAGCCCAAAGUGGAACGCCACGAGGUGGCCAUCGGGGGCAAGACGGAGCCCAAGAUAGAGACGGAGGACGACUGCGGUUCCCUGUCGGUCAAGAAGGAGGAGUCUGAGGAGAAGCAAGAGCCAAUGGAGGUGGAGGAGAAGAGAGCGGACACAAAGGCAGAGCCCCGAGAGGAGGAGGAGGGAGGAGCCAACGGCACGGCGUCCUCAUCCCCUCCUCUGUCCCGGAGGAAGAUCUUCAAGCCCGAGGAGCUGCGCCAGGCCCUGAUGCCCACCCUGGAGUCUCUGUACCGCCAGGACCCCGAGUCCCUGCCCUUCAGACAGCCUGUGGACCCCAUGGUGCUGGGCAUCCCGGACUACUUUGACAUCGUGAAGACUCCCAUGGAUCUGUCCACCAUCAAGAGGAAGCUGGACACGGGCCAGUACCAGGAGCCCUGGCAGUACGUGGACGACAUCUGGCGCAUGUUCAACAACGCCUGGCUGUACAACCGCAAGACGUCGCGCGUCUACAAGUACUGCUCCAAGCUGGCCGAGGUGUUCGAGUCCGAGAUCGACCCCGUCAUGCAGGGCCUGGGCUACUGCUGCGGACGGAAGUAUGAGUUCUCCCCCCAGACUCUCUGCUGCUACGGAAAACAGCUCUGCACUAUCUCCCAGGCAGGGACCUACUACAGCUACCAGAACAGGUAUCAUUUUUGUGAGAAGUGUUUCAAUGAGAUCCAGGGGGACAGUGUGACGUUAGGAGACGACCCUGCACAGCCCCAGACGAUGAUCUCUAAAGACCAGUUUGAGAGGAAGAAGAACGACACGCUAGACCCUGAACCGUUUGUUGAAUGUAAAGACUGUGGAAGGAAGAUGCACCAGAUCUGUGUCCUGCACUAUGACGUCAUCUGGCCGUCCGGGUUCAUCUGUGACAGCUGUCUUAAGAAGUCUGGGAAGACCAGGAAGGACAACAAGUUCUCAGCUAAAAGGCUGCAGUCUACCCGGCUGGGAAUGUACAUAGAGGACCGUGUGAACAAGUACUUGAAGAGGCAGAACCAUCCGGAAGCAGGCGAGGUGUUCGUACGGGUGGUGGCCAGCUCCGACAAGACGGUGGAGGUGAAGCCUGGCAUGAGAUCCAGGUUUGUGGACACAGGCGAGAUGCCCGAGUCCUUCCCCUACAGAACCAAAGCACUUUUUGCCUUUGAGGAGAUCGACGGAGUGGACGUGUGUUUCUUCGGCAUGCACGUCCAGGAGUACGGCUCAGAGUGCUCCUUCCCCAACACCAGGCGGGUGUACAUCUCCUACCUGGACAGUAUUCACUUCUUCAGGCCCCGCGUGCUGAGGACGGCCGUGUACCACGAGAUCCUCAUCGGGUAUCUGGAAUACGUCAAGAAACUCGGGUAUGUGACGGGUCACAUCUGGGCGUGUCCCCCCAGCGAGGGGGAUGACUACAUCUUCCACUGUCACCCCAUGGACCAGAAGAUCCCCAAGCCCAAGAGACUGCAGGACUGGUACAGGAAGAUGCUGGACAAGGCCUUCGCUGAGCGGAUCCUGCACGACUACAAGGACAUCUUCAAGCAGGCCCAUGAGGACCGCAUCACCAGCGCCAACGAGCUGCCGUACUUCGAGGGCGACUUCUGGCCCAACGUGCUGGAGGAGAGCAUCAAGGAGCUGGAGCAGGAGGAGGAGGAGCGCAAGAAGGAGGAGAACACGGCCUCCUGCGACACCCCUGAGCAGGGCACACCCGGAGACAGCAAGAACGCCAAGAAGAAGAACAGCAAGAAGACCAGUAAGAACAAGAGCAGCGUCAGUCGAGCCAGUAAGAAGAAGCCGGGGAUGCCCAACGUAGCCAAUGACCUGUCCCAGAAGCUUUACGCCUCCCUGGAGAAGCACAAGGAGGUGUUCUUUGUCAUCCACUUCCACUCGGGCCCCAUGGUCAACACCCUGCCCCCCAUCAUGGACCCUGACCCCCUGCUGACGUGCGACCUGAUGGACGGCCGCGACGCCUUCCUGACGCUGGCGCGGGACAAGCACUGGGAGUUCAGCUCGCUGCGGCGCUGCAAGUGGAGCUCCAUGUGCAUGCUGGUGGAGCUGCACAACCAGGGCCAGGACCGCUUCGUCUACACCUGCAACGAGUGCAAGCACCACGUGGAGACGCGCUGGCACUGCACCGUCUGCGAGGACUUCGACCUCUGCAUCAACUGCUACAGCGCCAAGGGCCACGAGCACCAGAUGGUGAAGUGGGGCCUGGGCCUGGACGACGACAGCGGCAGCCAGGGCGGCGAGGCGUCCAAGUCGCCCCAGGAGAGCCGGCGCCUCAGCAUCCAGCGCUGCAUCCAGUCCCUGGUCCACGCCUGCCAGUGCCGCAACGCCAACUGCUCGCUGCCGUCCUGCCAGAAGAUGAAGCGCGUAGUGCAGCACACCAAGGGCUGCAAGCGCAAGACCAACGGCGGCUGCCCCGUGUGCAAGCAGCUGAUCGCCCUGUGCUGCUACCACGCCAAGCACUGCCAGGAGAACAAGUGCCCCGUGCCCUUCUGCCUCAACAUCAAGCACAAGCUGAGGCAGCAGCAGCUGCAGCACCGCCUCCAGCAGGCGCAGAUGAUGCGUCGCAGGAUGGCCAGCAUGCAGGGCAGGACGGGACCCCAGAGCCUGCCCUCGCCCCCCGCCGCCGCCACCCCCAGCGCCCCCGCCUCCCACCCCCAGCAGCCCGGCGCCCCCCAGCAGCCCCUCUCCUCCAGCCAGCCCGCCACCCCCCUGUCCCCGGCCUUCCCCAACCCCAACGGCCCCGGCCGCAACGGCCAGCCCCAGGCCUCGCUCCAGGCGGCCUCCCAGGGCAAAGGCGGGCCCCAGGCCUCCCCGCUGAACCAGCAGCAGUCCCCUCUCCCCCAGCACACCCCCCCACAACAACAACAACAGCAGCCCCCCCCGGCGGCGGUUAAGAUGGCGCGGCACAUCGAGAUGAUGGCCCAGGCCCAGCAGAACUACCGGGUCAACAUGAACGGCCUGCCCAUCAACCCCCAGCAGCAGCAGCAGCAACAACAGCAGCAACAGCGCAUGGCUGGUCCCAUGCAGCAGCCCAUCCAGAUGGUCCCGGGUCCCCGCGGGCCCCAGGUCAUGCAGCCCCUCGCCCCAGGACAGUGGCCCGGAGCUGGGGGAGCCAUGCAGGCCGGCCAGCCCCAAGCCCCGGGCCCCGUGGUCCAGGGCCAGCCUCCCCAGCAGGGCCUGCCCGUCCAGAGGGCCAUGAUGCCCCAAGUCCAGAGGAUGCUGGUUCCCCAGCAGGGCCCCAGGCUCCAGAGCCUCCAGCGGCCGGGGGCCAUCGCCCCCAAUGCCCUCCAGGACCUCCUCCGCACCCUCAAGUCUCCCAGCUCCCCCCAGCAGCAGCAGCAGGUGCUCAACAUCCUCAAAUCCAACCCCCAGCUCAUGGCCGCCUUCAUCAAGCAGAGGACGGCCAAGUACCAAGCCAGCCAGCCCCAACAACAAGCGGGUCAACAGCCCCAGCAGCCCUCGGUAGGGCUGCCGGCCAUGCAGGCUGCCAUGGCUGCCGCCUUACAGGGAGCGGUGGUCCAGAGGCCGGGCCUGCCCCCCCAGCAGGCCCCCCAGCCCCUCAACCCCCAGGGCAUGGGACCCCAGGGCCAGCUCCUCAACCCCGCCCACAACCCCAACGCCAACCAGAUCCAGGAACUCUACCGGCGCCAGCUUCUGCGACAACAGCAACAACAACAACAACAACAGCAGCAGCAACAACAACAACAACAACAACAACAGCAACAACAGCAGCAACAAGCGUCCUACUCCCAGCUCCGCAUGCAGCAGCAGCAGCUAGCCCUGCAGGGGGCCGGGGGCGGCUCAGGGGGGCCCAUGGGCCAGCUGCCCCAGAUGGGUCAGCCAGGCCUGGGCAUGGACACCUCCGCCCAGAACCUGCUCCACCAGCGCCUCCUCCAGAAACAACAACAACAGCAGCAGCAGCUUCCCCAGCAGCAGCAGCAGGCCGUCCUCAAGCAGCAGAUGGGCUCUCCGGCCCAGCCCAGCCCCAUGAGCCCCCAGAACCACCUCCUAGCCGGCCAGGCCCAGGCAGGGACACACCUCCCCGGCCAGCCGGCGCUCGCCAACCCCCUGGCCAACCAGGUCCGCUCCCCUGCCCCCGUACAGUCCCCCUGCCCGCCUCCCUCACAACAACAGCAGCUGCCACAUUCCAGCCCCUCGCCGCACGUCCAGCCCUCGCCCCACACCGGCUCCCCUCGCCCCGGCCUGGGGGGGCCCAUGGCGGGGGGCUCGAUGGAGCAGGGGCACAUGGGCACGGGAGAGCAGAGCGCCAUGCUGCCACAGCUGAACACGCCGAACCGCGGCGGGAUGGCGAGCGACCUGGGGCUGGUGGGGGACUCCACAGGGGACACGCUGGAGAAGUUUGUGGAGGGGUUGUAGCGUUUUUACACACGCCGCCAGUCGCUUGCUCUCGUUGUAAGAUGCACCACAGUCCCCCCCCCCGUUCCUUUCCAGAUCUACCAUCCUCAGACUCUAAUCUUCUCCUAAUGCCGAGAACUUUCCGGAAAGGGGGAGGAUUGUAAUUGUUCUUUUUAAACGUGAAAAGAAAAACUUUUUUUUGUUUCGUUUUUUUUUUUUUUUGUACUGAUGUGUAAAAAGUUUCAAGAUGUGUAAAGAGAGUGUGUUUGUGGGAGAGGGAGGGUACAGAUGUCCUACGCUUCUAUGGAAUGUCAUAGUCCUUAAAAUCAAGGGCUUGAGGGAUAUUGUUGUUAAAAAGAAAUUUAAAUCACAAAGAAUAUAUUUUUUGGUUGAGACCAAAUGUGCUUUGAUACGUUUUAUUUUGUUUGUUGGUUUUGUUUGUUUGUUUGUUUGUUAUGGUUUCAUGUUUUUACUUUUUUUUUGUGAAAAUGUACAAUUACAUUAUAUAUUAUUCAUACCUUUCUGUUUUGUACCUUUUACAAAAAAAAAAAAAGAAACUUUUUUUUUUUUU